GCGGAAGUAGACAAGGGUGAACCGGUUUUAUUGAAAGUCAUUUACAUCACAUCAGGCUAUUAGUGUUUCACCAUAGCUGGGCAGAAACAUGUUAUGACUAUAUCUACGGUAUAUGAAAUAGCGAUCGUUAUCUUUUUUUUUUUUUUUUUUUUUAAUGCGUUUAGUUAAAUACGUUUGAACGCCGAAGCUCCGUUAAUUCAGUCGUUCGUGACCCAACAGUUGUUGUUACUCUCUUACUGUUCCACUUUUUACAGCCCCUCGUCAGCUCAAAGAUGGCGAGGAGCCUGUUACGGAUAUUGACGGGCUACCAGCAUCUUGCUUCACCCCCAUCCAUGUCUCCUCACCUCUGCCAUUCAUCUAUCUUGUCGCCAUUCAGAAGCAGCUUCGUGCGGACCAUGGUGGCACUGCCAUUAUCAUUUAUGCCGAAGCCUCAGGACUUCAGCCUGCCGAACUCCUCGUGGAGUGCAGAAACCAUGCGGUUGUAUGACUACUACAACAACCAGUGUGAGGUGGAAAAGGAAGUAGGAGAGAAACAGAGGGGAACCUGGAGGAGACUGCCCAGCUAUAAUCGCAGCCUCAAGUAUGCCACAGGAGGAGCCUGUCUCAGCAAGUUGUCGCAGUCCAAAAAUCGUCUUUUUACCCGCAGCAUCAAAACCACAGGAGCUGCAUUUGAGUAUGUUCUGUUUAUGAACAAAGAAGAGGAAAGGACUGUUUGCAUUUUCCAGGCUGGACACCUGCUGGAGGGCCCACCGGGACAUGUCCACGGGGGGGCAAUCGCCACUAUGAUUGAUUCUGUCACAGGCACUCAUGCAGCUUUCAUUUCUGGACCAAUGAUGACUGCCAAUCUCAACAUCAAUUACCGCAGCCCCAUCCCAUUGGGAAGUACAGUGUUAGUCAUAUCCUCCCUUGAUAACAAGGAAGGCAGAAAAAUGUUCUUUUCCUGUAAAGUGACCAGCUCUGAUGGCUCCAAGCUGCACACAGAGGCAACAGCACUCUUCCUGUCUAUCAAAGUCAGCCAUUUAUUGUGAGUGUGACACAAAACAACUGUAUUUCAACAAGUGGAGGCCUUAUUUGUGUGUCUUGAAGUAGAGUAUUCUGUUCUUAAAAUGUGAAGUAUUUGGAGAUUGUAUGUGCUCCCCUUGCUUGUGUGGGGUUUCUCCGGGUACUGUGACUUCCUCCAACAUAAUUUUCUGACAUGCAUUUUAGUUUCACUGAAGAAUCAAAAUUGUCCAUAGGUGUGAAUGUGAGUGUGAAUGGUUGCUUGUCUAUAUGUGCUCUGUGAUUGACUGGCGACCAGUUCAGGGUGUACCCUGCCUCUCGCCCAAAGUCAGCUGGGCUAGGCUUCACCUGAACUGUGACCCUAAUGGGGAUAAGCGGUAUAAGAAAAUGGAGGACUGGAUGAACAUCUGUUAACAUGACAUAAUUAGGAAGUACUAUACAGUACACUGGGUUACCCCUUGACUACCUUGGGUUUCACUCACAACAACAUCACAUAUCUAAUCAUUAUUUAUUGAAUGGUUAUUUUACUAAUUAAAAUGUAUUGAGUGCGGUGAAUAUUGAAAUUGUACCUUACAGUAUGACUG